CCAUGCCACUAGAAGCGAAGGCUUUGCUCCUGCCGCGUUGACAGCGUCAGGUCAGUGCGGGAGCGAACGAGGCAAGCGGGAGCCUCUCGCGGCGCGUCGGGGCAGGGGAGAGUGCCCGCCCGCCUCAGGAGCGGCUGCCACUCGCUGCAAGUCUAGAAGGCGAACUCGGGGGACUCGGUCCGUGGAGGCUUUACAAUGGUUGAUACCGAAAUGCCGUUUUGGCCCAUGAACUUUGGUAUUAGCCCAGUUGAUCUUUCUACAAUGGAUGAACACUCCCAUGAAUUUGACAUAAAGCCCUUCAGCACCGUUGAUUUUUCCAGCCUUUCUUCUCCACAUUAUGAGGACCUUCCUCUUGCAAGAACUGACCAGAUAGCCCUUGACUAUAAAUAUGAUGUGAAAUUUCAAAGUUGUCAAAAUGCAAUUAAAGUGGAGCCUCCGUCUCCACCAUAUUUCUCAGAAAAACUUCAGAUGUAUAGUAAACCUCAUGAAGAAGCCUCUUGUUCUCUCAUGGCUAUUGAAUGCAGGGUGUGUGGGGACAAAGCUUCUGGGUUUCAUUAUGGAGUGCAUGCAUGUGAAGGUUGCAAGGGUUUCUUUCGCAGAACAAUCCGUUUAAAAUUAAUCUAUGAUCGAUGUGAUCUCAACUGCCGCAUUCAUAAAAAAAGUAGAAAUAAAUGUCAAUAUUGCCGAUUCCAAAAGUGCCUUGCAGUUGGAAUGUCUCAUAAUGCUAUUAGGUUUGGGCGAAUGCCACAAGCUGAGAAGGAGAAACUCUUGGCAGAGAUUUCAAGUGACAUUGACCAGUUGAAUCCUGAGUCUGCUGAUCUGCGAGCCCUGGCCAAGCUGCUCUAUGAUUCCUACAUAAAGUCUUUCCCUCUGACCAAAGCCAAGGCGAGGGCAAUCUUGACAGGAAAGACAACAGACCAAUCACCAUUUGUCAUUUAUGACAUGCAUUCCUUAAUGAUGGGAGAAGACCAGAUCAAGUGUAAACAUUUGACCCCCAUGCAAGAGCAAAAUAAAGAAGUGGCCAUACGUAUCUUCCAGCGCUGCCAGUUUCGCUCGGUGGAAGCUGUUCAGGAAAUCACUGAAUUUGCCAAAAACAUUCCAGGUUUUGUGAGUUUAGACCUCAAUGACCAAGUAACUCUCCUGAAAUAUGGAGUGCAUGAGAUCAUCUAUACACUCCUAGCCUCCAUGAUGAAUAAAGAUGGUGUUCUCAUAUCCAAUGGACAAGGAUUCAUGACUCGGGAGUUCCUAAAGAGUCUGCGGAAACCUUUCUGUGACUUUAUGGAGCCAAAAUUUGAGUUUGCUGUCAAAUUCAAUGCACUGGAAUUAGAUGACAGUGACUUGGCAAUAUUUAUAGCUGUCAUUAUUCUCAGUGGAGAUCGCCCUGGGUUACUUAACGUGAAACCUAUUGAAGAUAUUCAAGAUAGUUUGCUGCAAUCACUAGAACUCCAGUUAAAGCUGAAUCACCCAGAAUCAUCACAGCUGUUUGCAAAAUUGUUGCAGAAAAUGACAGACCUCAGACAGAUUGUAACAGAACAUGUGCAGCUGUUGCAAAUUAUAAAGAAGACGGAGACAGAUAUGAGCCUUCAUCCACUCCUACAAGAAAUUUACAAGGAUUUGUAUUAAGGGUCAUCAGAAUACUAAUUCAUUUACAUAAGUACGUUCAUCAAAUUGCACUAUUUCUUUAAGAGGGAAAAUAUUACAUACCUAAGAAAUUACUGUGAAAAAAAACCAUUUAAAAAGAGACAGAGCUUUACUAUUAUAGAUCUAUUUUAUGCAUAUUGUUUAUAAAAAUACAUUUACAAUUUCCUUUUAAUAUUAAAAUGUCUUUAUCAUCAAAAUGUUGACUGUAUUUACCAGAUUCUUUUUUUCCUGGUUUAUUUAAUAUAAUAGCACUGCUUUUUCAAUGAUUUAAAAAUAACAUUGGAGUAAUAGUAUAGUUCAGCUUCACUGCAAAGAAGAGUAAUUUCCCCCUCAAGGGAAGUUUUAUGGAUCUUGAUGUGGUUAUGAAUCAACAACAAUUAGACAGGUCACUGCAUUAUUCUACAGUGCUCGAAUUUUAUACAUCUAACUUUGAAACAAGUUUUUCAGAAAGGUGCAAAAGGGCCUGAUUUUAAAAAAUAAUAAUUAGCUUGCGGGUAUUUAAAAACAUUCCUGACAUUUAUCUGGGUUUGAAAGAGAUGGUCAGAAGAAUGAUUUUUUUAUGAUUUACAUUUAUUUUAAAUAUAUGUACGUUUCAAGGUGCUCAGGAUAUGUACUGCAAAAUUAGUUUUAUGCUUAGUUUUAUAUUCUUCCAUUUAUAUUGUAUGCUGAUUUCAAAUGUGAGCUGCCUAGCCGCCUUGUUUUCUUCUCUGCUGCCUCUAGUGGUAGUUUGGCACAGGACCAGAAACUCAGAUUUGCCCUGAGAUGUAAAACACUCCCUGUAUGUGGCAGUGAAGGUGGCAGAAGCAGGCUCUUUUGAUCUUGGCAAAGCUGGCAGAGAGAUUCCUCAUGUGAUUGCCCUCAAGCAAGCCAAACGUUGCAAAGCAACAGGGCAGAUUUUAUGGGACUGCUGUUUGGAUUAGUAUUUAUAGGGCAGCAAGUUAGAACAAGAUAGCAUUCAUCAACUUCUGACUGAGAAAGGAAAUUGUUGUCCACUGGAAAUGCUGGACGACUUUGGAAAGCCUACUGGUAUCACUGUUCAGACAGAUCAUGCAUCUGUCCUGCUUUUGGUAUCCUGGGAGUUUGGGAGGCUGAGCCAAAAUGGAAAUGUAGGAAGCAUCUUUAUCCUCUCAUUCCCCUCAAGUAAAUAUGCUGCUAAUGCUGAAGAUUUAGAAUGGUGUAAAUGGCCUGAAAAAUAACACCAAUGCAGGCAAAGUACUGAUCACCAUGAUCUAAAUCAGUGGUUCCCAACGUGGGGCCCAUGCCCCACAAUUUGAUUUUUAAUGGCGGCAAUUUGAACCCUGUUUAAACCAAAUUAAUGGCCUUUUAGGCUUCCUCCACAUGAGUAGAGUUCACUUUUUGACUAAGGUAAGAAUUAUAUGUCACAGGGUGGGCAUCAGGGAACCACUGAUCUAAAUACUAUGGCUCAGGGAAAAUCUCCAUAGUGAGAGUGAAUUAAAUCAGAGGUAGAUAAUGGGUGGUUGUUCAGAUAUUGCUGAAUUAGAGCUCCCAGUCUCCCAAACCCAUCUGGCCAGUGGUGAGAGAUACUAGGAGUGAUAGCUUAGCAACUUCUGAAUGAUGUAAGUUAUCUGUCUUUACUAUAAACUGUGAAUAAAUGAAUAAUCUUAAUCAGGUUUUUGAUCCACUGUGGAUCUUCAAAUCUUCUCUCAAAAAUUAUCUAAGGAGAAUAGAUGGAAACAACAAGGAAGCAUCAUUGCAGGUCAUGGUGAGUUAGCCUGUCAGCAGCCAUGCUUCUAAAGUGAGUUGAAUUUGCUAGUCUCUGCCUUGAACACAAUUGUGGUUGUCUCCAGUAGGAGAUAGCUCUCCAUUGGCUGCUCCUAGAAUGGUACUGCUAGGGAUCAAACGUCUUAUACAUUUAAACCUCUGGUUUGCUUCCAACACAAUGAACAAAACCAUACUAGGAGAUAUGAACAAGUGUACACAUACCUAUUGAAUCAAACCAAUAGGACUGCAUAGCUAAAGCAACUCAAAUGUGAACUGUAUUUAUUAUCAAAACUGAAAAGGAUUCAUAAAUUAAUUCAUUACAUCCGGAUUCCCCGUGGUUUGUACAAAGCUUGAACAUAAAGUGUGCUCUUAAAACUUGCAACUUUGUGACAUGUUGCUAGAAAGGCUAAUGCUGAUUCCAUUCCGAUGAAUUGGUUUGGCAGGAGAUUUAUUCUAUGUGGAAAUGUGUGUUCAAUACUUGGCAAAUAAUAGCAAAUAACUAGGAUUCAAGAAUAUCUGCAAAGCAGAUUUGAUCUCAUUGAUUUCCAGCUGUUUCUCACUUCUGAUUUCUAUGAAUAAUUUACAUGUGGGAAACACAAUGUGUAAGAAUUUAAUGAGAGAUUAUAGAUCAAGUCAGGAUAGCAAUCCAACGUGCCUUAAAUAAAAUGCCAUUUUUAAUUUCCUUACUAAAAAUAAGGAAAUAUGCCUAUUUCAGAUUUUGAUUUCAACUGGUGCUAUAGUUUGAGAAAAAAAUGAAAAUAUAAAGGGAUAAAUAAAAAUUAUAUUAUAGUUUAGAUAUCAUACUACAUUUUUUCAUAAUAAAAUUGUUUUUAACUUUUAUGCCAAAAUGAUAUUCAAAAACUUAGGCAUUUAUCUGUUUAAAGUGGCAAGCUGAAUUAUGAAUGAGGUACAAGUAUAACAUUUUUAGCAUUUAUCAGGGUUUGAAAUAAGAAAAAAGGUUUUCACCAUGAGCUCUGUACUUAAUUAGACCAUUCACCCACUUCAGGGAAAAACCCUUUUUCAAAAGUCCUAGUAUUUUCUCAUGUGAAUUAUAAUCAUAAUUUUGGUUUGAGUUUAAAUAUAUUCUGCUUCUAUGGGAUUUUAUUUAUUAAAAAAAGCUUGCUCAUGUCAAUUUAUGUAGGCUGUGUUAUUUUCAGAACCUCGAGGGCUUUGGUGAAAAUAUUCCAAAUCAUAAAUCACUGACUGUUUUUUAAAAACAUGACUGUAACCUAAAACAUUUGUUCACUUGAAAUUAACAUAUGUGUUCUUUUUU